CUGUGCCUAUAAAGACCGCUGCGGCGGGCUGGAUCCCGGUUCCUCUCCUUGUGCAGCGUUGCGCCGGCGAGCUCGUGUCUCGUUUCGCUAUGGCCCGUACAAAGCAGACUGCCCGCAAGUCGACCGGUGGCAAGGCCCCGCGGAAGCAGCUGGCCACCAAGGCGGCCCGCAAGAGCGCGCCGGCCACCGGCGGCGUCAAGAAGCCGCACCGCUACCGGCCGGGCACCGUGGCCCUGCGCGAGAUCCGGCGCUACCAGAAGUCGACCGAGCUGCUGAUCCGCAAGCUGCCCUUCCAGCGGCUGGUGCGCGAGAUCGCGCAGGACUUCAAGACCGACCUGCGCUUCCAGAGCUCGGCCGUGAUGGCGCUGCAGGAGGCGAGCGAGGCCUACCUGGUGGGGCUGUUUGAAGACACGAACCUGUGCGCUAUCCACGCCAAGCGCGUGACCAUCAUGCCCAAAGACAUCCAGCUGGCCCGCCGCAUCCGCGGGGAGGCCCCGCCCCGCGUGGCUCUCCAGCUCCGGAGGGAAAUCGCCAUCUCGGUCGGUCCCGCCCCGUUUCUGCCGGGGGAAAUGUGGCAUUUUGGGGGUUCAAGUGUCGAUAUCAUGGCCCGUACGAAGCAGACUGCCCGCAAGUCGACCGGUGGCAAGGCCCCGCGGAAGCAGCUGGCCACCAAGGCGGCCCGCAAGAGCGCGCCGGCCACUGGCGGCGUUAAGAAGCCGCACCGCUACCGGCCGGGCACCGUGGCCCUACGGGAGAUCCGGCGCUACCAGAAGUCGACCGAGCUGCUGAUCCGCAAGCUGCCCUUCCAGCGGCUAGUGCGCGAGAUCGCGCAGGACUUCAAGACUGAUCUGCGCUUCCAGAGCUCCGCCGUGAUGGCGCUGCAGGAGGCGAGCGAGGCCUAUCUGGUGGGGCUGUUUGAAGACACGAACCUGUGCGCCAUCCACGCCAAGCGAGUGACCAUCAUGCCCAAAGACAUCCAGCUAGCCCGCCGCAUCCGCGGGGAGCGGGCUUAAGGCACGCGUUUUAAAC